UGCGAGCCUGCGCACUGUGCGCGAUCCGCCAGCUCACGUGGUUCCGGACGCCGGUUGUGCGAUGGGAGAGCGAGCGGUCCCAGGCAGUACUUGGAAGCAUUAUCUCGAAGAGGGGUUUGAAGACGACUGACACCAUGGAAUUGCCAAACUACAGCGGGCAGCUCAUGCAGCAACUGUAUACCUUGAGGAAAGAGGAGCAGUUCUGUGAUUGCACCCUAUUCAUUGGAAGCACUGAGUUUAGAGCACACAAGCUAGUGCUGGCUGCUUCCAGUUUGUUGUUCAAAUCUCUCCUGGAUAACACGGACACAAUUUCUAUUGACCAGGCAGUAGUAUGCCCAGAAGAGUUUGCUAUCCUUUUGGAGAUGGUCUACACAGGAAAGGUGCCUCCAGGAAAGCACAACUUCACAAAAGUUGUUUCUGUUGCGGAUAAUUUGCAGAUGUUUGACAUUGCUGUGAGCUGUAAGAACAUCGUGGCAAGCCUGAUGAAACAUACCGCGGCAAGUGAGGUGCGGGUUUCUAUGGACGAAGUGGUGCAGCACAUAAUCGCACAGAGUCCAGCUGGCACAAAUUGGGUGGUGCAAGAGUCAGGCAAAAAUAAAGAGUCUUGUACCACAAAUGCUGAAACAGUGGUUUCAGAUAAGAAUAUUUCUGUGCAAGGAUUAAAUUGCACUGGCACAGUGGGCUUUAUGGAGGCUGCUCUUCCCUCUGAUGAAAAUACUGUGUAUGCUGAAAAUGAUGAACCAAAACAAGAUGGAGAGCACCAGGAAAAUUUACCAGAUACAAGUGCUAAUAACAUCCAGGACAUUAAUAAACCACCAGAUUGUAUUGGAACAAUCAAAGAAGAGAUGGUUACUGAAUCGUCUUGUGAAAAAGAGAAGCCUGUGGGCCCAGAAGAUUCGAGGAAUCUCACAGAACAGGAGUUCCUAUUACUGCACAGACAGGAUCUUGCAGAGGCAGUCCAAGACGUGCAAGGUUUAGUGGAAUCUGUGACAAAAUGUGAUGAUAUCCCAUUGCCAGAGAAAACGGUUUUCUUAGACUGCUGUAAAGAAGCAGAAAGCAGUGAGGUUUUCUGCAGAUUACUGGACAGAAUUACAGAAGCGAAGACUUUGCAACUAGAAACCCUGUUAUUUGUGCUUCAACAGAGUAAAGAAGCUUACCCCAGACUGAAAACUGUACUUCAGAACUUAAACCAAAAUCUGCCCAUAGAGCAUUUAAUGCUAACUGGCCGUAUUGACACAGAAGAUUUUUUGCUCAAUCUUUAUUUACACAAAGACGAGCUCUUGGAAAGUGUGACAGAUUUGAGUCCUUUAUUGGCGUGUCUUGAGUCUGCUGAGGAAACCAUUUUCAAUGAAGAGGAGAAAAAGGUGAUUGCGGAAUGCUGCGAAGGAGAGACACCCAGAAAUGCCAUAGCUAAGUUAUUGAGGAAAACAAUUGAAGAGAGACAAUUAAGUGCUGAGACUGCACUAAAUCUUCUCCAAACAAUGAAAGAGGUUUGCCCUGUUCUACAGUCAUUACUAAGGACUCUCACUGAAGAACCAGGAAUAACUACAAAGUCAGGAGUGAAAAACCUUGAAGAUUGUGCAUUUGACUUGCUCAGGAGAUAUCAAGAGAAUAUUGUUGAUGUGGUGGUUGAGCUUCAAACCCUGCACAAUGUCUUGUCUAUUUCAGAGGAUAUAUCUGAUAACGACAAACAGAGAAUUGAAGAUCUUAUUAAUGAAAAAGAUGUGGUGAAUUGCACAAAUAAGUUGAUGGAAGCAGUGUUAGAGAAACAAACGCUGGCAGCACUCACUCUAUGGAAAGUGCUCAUCCGAAUGAAAGAGGAUGUGCCAAAGCUGUGCACCCUGCUGGAUGAACUCCAAAAAGAACCAGAUGGUCUCCGACUCAUUUUAUCAGUGAGUGAUGAGGAAAGUAAAGCCUUCAGUAUUUUAAGAAAACACAGACGGUUGAUCAUCAAUGGAAUUGAGGACAUCAGUCCACUGCUGGACUGUUUGGUACCAGGUGUAGAAAAUCUUCCCGCUGAAACAAUUGAGAUUUUGAAGAGCUGUUGUUUCAAGGAUACUGCUGGUCAGUCACUAGAAAGUAUUCUGGGCAAAAUUCUAGAAGAACGACUCAUUCCUGCCCUGGUGUUUUGUAAACUCUUGCAUAUGAUCAGUGAGUCCCAUCCGUCCCUUGAAUUGGUAAUGAAGACAAUGGAACAUGCAGGCCUAUUGAAAGAAGCAAUGAGUGAUCUGGAAGAGGAUCAGAAGGAAUUUCCAAUGGAACUGGAUGAGAGAAGUGAGGAAGAUGGGGAUCACCCUGUUGGCACUGGCCAUGUCAAGGAAAGUAGCGGUGAUCCAGCAAUAGAUCCGAUGAAGCCAAUGCACAAACCCAGGGGAAAGCAGGACUUUUCCUGUUCUGCAUGUGGCAAGACUUUCAUGUUUAAAUGUCGUCUUGAGCUACACCUCACCCGCUGUCGCAAGAUUGGUCCACUUAAAACCGUUAACUGGGAGGAAUGUGAAGAGACUAGGACUUCCCAAAAGGAUUUAGAAAAUCCCCGAGAAGAUGUGCAUGUUGCACCAAAGGGAAAGAAGAGAAGACUGCCAGUAUCUUGUGACAUCUGCGGGAAGUCCUUUGCUCACCAGUCAGGAAUGCAAUAUCAUAAGCGCUCUGAUCACUUUGAUGAGAAGCCCUUCUCCUGCAAUGACUGUGGGGCAAAAUUUGCAGCAAAUUCCACGCUGAAGAAUCACAUGAGACUCCAUACUGGAGAGAAGCCAUUCUUUUGCAAACUUUGUGACAUGACAUUUGUACAAGCUGCUGCCUUGGCUUAUCACAUGAAGAAAAAACAUUCGGAAGGAAAAAUGUACGCUUGUCAGUACUGUGAUACAGUGUUUGCUCAGUCAAUUGAAUUGACCCGCCAUGUGCGGACACACACUGGGGACAAGCCAUAUGUCUGCCGGGAAUGUGGCAAAGGAUUCAGCCAGGCCAAUGGGCUCUCUAUGCACUUGCGCUCCUUUCACAAUGUGGAAGACCCAUAUGACUGUCAGAAGUGCCGAAUGAGUUUCCCAUCUCUAGAAGAGCACAAGAAGCACAUCCAGGAAGUGCAUCCUCCCGAGUACAAUCCCUGUGAUGUUUGUGGCAAGAAUUUUAGUGCACCAUCACUUCUCGAAAGACACGUGGUCACACAUGUUGGUGGAAAGCCAUAUAACUGUGAAAUUUGUGACAAGGCUUAUCAGCAAUUGUCUGGACUGUGGUAUCACAAUCGAACUCAUCACCCUGACAUCUUUGCAGCACAAAAUCACCGCUCUCCAAAGUUUGCCACUCUGACUUGCUCAGCUUGUGAAAAAUCCUUUGCCAGUAUGACAGCCCUGAACAAACACGUGAAAUCUGACCAUUCAGAUAUGAAGAUGUUGGAGUGUGAAGAAUGCAAUGAGACUUUUGCUUCACAAGCGUUAUUGCAUGUACAUACAAAGUCCAAACAUUCAGGUAUCCAUCCAUUUAAAUGUACAUACUGCCCGUCAACAUUCAGAUUUCCCGGAGCUUUGCAGCAUCAUUUGAGCACAGAACAUUCAACUCAACAAACCAGCACUUUCCUGUGCGGGGAUUGUGCCCAGCUGUUCGGUUCUCAGCGGGACCUGGAAGAGCAUCAGAGGAACAAGCAUGCUAGAAUCCUGUUUGCUAAUGUUCAAGAGGCAGCACAAAUGGUUAUCCAAGCAACUGAACAAUUGACAGCCACCCAGCAGGUCAUUUCUCUGGAGGAAACUCACCUGGCUGGUGUUGCAUCGCAGGUAUUUGUGGCAUUGCCCGAUUCUCAGAAUGGCUCCUCAGGACAUCAUGAAGUUGUGGCUCUUAAUGUGGAUGACCUAUUGGAUGGGACUGUGACACUGAUCUGUGGAGAGACCCCGUGAAAAUGUGUGGAAAUAAUACUCUCAAACACCACUGGAAGACUUCAAGAAUAUGACCAGAACAUUUUCCUUUACAGUGUAAUUUAAGACUCACACAUCAUGCAAAUAUUUUAAUAUUUUGAAAGGCAUUGAUAUAAAAUAUCUCGCAAGUCCUGAAUGUUUGUAGAGCCAAAACAUUCGUAAAUGGAAAGGUUGUUGGGCUGAAGCUACAACAAAGCCUGCAGUAGUAGCACCGUGUGGUCUCCAUCAGCCUUGUUCCCCAGUCAUUUCAAGCAGCCAGUUCUGUGGGCAAUAGUUGAGGAAGUUAGAAAUAUUGCCUCAGUGAAGGAUGAAUCGUAUGUUUCGGGUGUGAUCAAUGGUCGAUGCUAAGGUGGUUCGCAGAGACAGGGGAAUCUCUAAAUUCUUCUUGGUAUUCCAACGUAGAGGGAGAUGAAAGGCCAGGAUUGUUCCUUACUUAUUGGUUGCCUUUGUCCUUGAGUACUGGAUGUUCUCUGAUAUUAUUACGUGCCUGCUAUUGGUCCAGCAAAACGUAUAAUCCGGUAAGGCUCUGGAACCAAGGGUGCCGGUAAAGCUGUUGUGGACCUGUUACCUACCAGUGCAUUCACAAAAAAAACUGCUGUUAAUUGUCCCUAGCAUUUGAAAUGUUUUAACUUGACACCAUAUAAUUAGAGGAGUUAGAAUUUGAUUAGCAGGGUGAUCAGACUUAACUUGCAAUUUAUUGGUAUUCACUCCAGAGGUUGCAAUGAACUCCAUAUUAUGUUAAGCGUUUCAGAUUAGUUUUUGUUCCAAUGGAUGCGGUGUGUGAAGUGAAGUCCAACUGGGUAAAGAAAUGAACUAAUAUCUAUUUGUCCAUGGGUGAUUGUGUAAAUAUCUCAUUUUUGACCAUCUGCUUUGAAAGCUGAGCGUACUUAACUGUUUGGUUUGAUUUGUUAAAACUUGUCUAUUUGCAAAGUCACGUCCAGAAGAAUUUAUGGAAGGUCAAAGAGAGGCUACCCCAUCAAAGCUAUUUCCUUUGGUCUUUUAAUUCUUCCUCACAAAUUUAGGAUAUCAGAUGAAAAUGUGCAUUCAGCAGACAACAGUUAAUGAUUUAAUUUUUUUGCCAUGCUCUGUAGUUUACAUAUAAUACUUAGCAAUAUAUCUCAGUACCAUCUCUCACAAAGCAAACUUCUGGAAACACUCAGCAGACAAGACUGCAUCUUUGAGAGUGAAACAGAAUUAAUGUUUUAGAAUUCUAGAAUGGGCAGCACAGUGGUGCAGCAGUAGAGCCUUACAGCACCAGAGACCCAGGUUCGAUCCUGACUGCGGGUGCUGUCUGCAUAGAGUUUAUACAUUCUCCCUGUAACCGUGUGGGUAUUCACCAGGUGAUCAUGUUUCCUCCCACACUACAAUAUGUACAGGUUUGUGGGCUAAUUGGCUUCUGUAAAUUACCCCGAGUGUGUAGGGUAGAACUAGUGUGCUGGUGAUCGCUGGUUGGUGUGGACUCGGUGGGCCGAAGGGCCUGUUUCCACUCUAUAUCUUAAAAAAAAACGGUGUUUCUCCCUUUACAGAUGCUGCCUGUUUCUGACAUCUUUUAAUUAGUGGCAUUUUGCUUUUGUGGUCUCUCAAUUCUUCGUCCUUGUACUUUUCCAAUGCAUAUACAUUGUUUUUAAAUGUGAAAUACAGAAUACAGAAUGUUGAUAGAGCCAGAAUAGUAAGAAAAUAAGUCUAAAAUUGGACAUAUUUUAUAAACUAUGUAGGGGAGAAAGUGAAGUUUAAAACAUAUUAAACAUAGUGUUCAAAUGCUGGGCUCUAGAUAUAUCAAUGGUGCUUUGAUGGUCACAAGUGCAAUCACACAUUGAAAUUAUUUUCUUGCAAACAGUCCAGAGGAAUAUUGCCAUUCCCAAGCACAUUCCUGAUUAGUAAAUUGUACAGAAAUAAUCUACUGAUCCCGCAUACAAGAGGCACCGUGUUUUGGUGCCAUUUUCAGAGUCCAUUCCAUGCUCGCACAUUGUGUGAGGCCCGCAGCAUUAUGUGAACGCAUUGUGUGAACAUGCAGAUUUACACGUCUUUUAAAAAAAUACUGGAACUAAUGAAAAAGCCUCUGAGUAAAAUGGUCAAGGAUAUCUGCAAGACUAUUCAUAGAGGCUCACACUGAGUAUUCAAAGGAACAACUUGGGAUGAGUGUUGCUCCUCAAUUUCAAACUCACAUGAGAACUGGAAAGCAAGUAAAAACCGAAACAAUGGUCUCGAAAGAGAAGUUGCUCAGGUUGUCAAGCUUUAGGAUUUACUUCUGCUUGUGUUUGCUACUGCACAACUGGCUAUCUCGUGCAGGCUACACUCGAAUGGGCACUGGUUGCAAAAGGGUUAUUUUGAUUGGGUGAGAUGAUCCAUGUCCAAGUUGUUGAGCUGUGACUUGAUGAGUGACAAGGUUGGUGCACUUCUGGUGGUGUCGGGAAGGAUGCUCCACUCUGGGAUAGUCCAUGGAUAUAGUGACAGAUAGCUAUUUUUGCUUGCUCUAAUUCUAGUGUAAUGUGACCUGAGAACUGUCUUGUAGAUUUCUGGGUAUUGGAUUGAAUGAGGUGAGAUAUGUUAUUGGAGAUGAUGCCAUGAGUCUCCUUGUAAACAGUACAUAAGUGGGCUUUGUUGCCUCUUGACUCCAGCGACUCCAGAUGUGACCUUUGAGUGAGCUAUCGGUCGGAUCUAGCAAGUGUGUAUAUAAUGUGGAAGUGAUUCACUGUGGGAGGGUGGAUCUGAUGUGAAUGGGAAAAAAGUUGAAGUGUUGAGCCUUUGCUGGUACUUUGCUGAGCAGCUGACAUCUUGUCUAAGUUUUCCUCAAAACCUAUUUUACUCACAAAACCUUGAACAUUCCAUUUUCUGCACACUGCCAUUUGCCACUUCUAUGAGCUGAUUUAAACUGAAUUGCUAAAACCAUUUAGCUGGAUAUUUAUUUCAGUUUGGAUUCAUUUAGCUGGAUAUUCAUUCAAUUGGUUAAAAACUUUAGUAAAAAUUUGAAGAUAUCUUCGAUCCAUUCAAGAUAUCAGUAAUAAACAAUCAAGUUAGUCAAAUUUACAAUCCAUGACCAGUGUGCUAUUGGAUGUGAAUACUGGAAAGAUAAUCAAAAUGACAGGUGUUUAAUGAUGUCAAGGAAUAAUAUUUAAUUGUGACAGGCAAUUAUUAUUGGUGAUGUACAUUUAUGUAGCCUUUCACCUAUCUGAACCAUAAGUGUUAACAUUGAACAAAGUAAUGCAAUUUCAUCUGUCUCCUCUAUUAACCUUGUAAAAGGCCAGAAUAUUGAUAUAACUUAAAAGGUGAGAUUGCUUUUUAUAGCAGGAUCUAUUAAAACCUCCUUACCUUCUCAUAAUGCCCUCCAAUGGCUUUGAAUCAUAAAACCACAGGGAUUUUGUUAUUUUUUCUCUGUAGCUUGGUGGAAUUGAUUUUAUUUUUGCAAUAGAAUAAAACUAAGAUUUCCGGUAGACACACAGUGAGAAUUCAUUUAUAUUUUAACUUAAAAGUAUUCUUACUGUGGCUUUGAAAUAAUUUACGGUGUUUGGAAUGCGGCUUUAUUUUUUAAAAAUAUGGAAAUACAUAUCCUUCAUAUUGAAGGGGUCAGGCGAGGGAUUUAGCAGCAUCCACUUGCUAAUUUUGUUGUUUUAUAUUGUAUUCCAGUGAACAAGGUUAUAUAGCUGAUGUGUCGUAUGUUUUUAUUUUAAAUGACCAUUAUUAUAACAUUUGGUCAUUGUGAUCACUUGAUUUAAAUGAAGCUUUUCACUGCAGUCCUAUUCGUGGGUUAUUAAUUUUGGACAUUUUAUCUUCAUCAUUUGUGGGUGAGGGGCAGGGUGGGUUGAGGACAGGGGGCUGUGGGUGGGAGCGGAGAGUGAAAGAAUUCCAGAAAAAUGAGAGAGACAACAUACAAGGUGAAUUGUGAAUCUUGGAUGAUACUGCACGUUUUAAGCUGGUUUGCAUUCAAAACCUGACCUAUGAGAUCUAUGCAGAAUGGUUUACAAUAUGAAUAAAAAUAUUGAUUUAGGCUGAAUCUUGGCUUCUGAACAUUUAUUAAGCAUAUUAUAUGGAAGUUGUAAAUUAUCUUUCUACCCAUUUCAUGCCUGUAAUGAGAUCCCUUCUCACAUUGUCCAGUAUUUGAUUUUAAUAAACAGAUACACUUCUGGAAAA